AGAAGAUCCUCUACACUGUCUAGCCAACACAUCACAUUUUGCACCAAGCAUCCGUCCUAAACCAUACUUACUAUCACCAGAAUAGAACUUCCCUGGUACUGUUCUAUUCCCACCACUGCCCUAUUUUACACAAACUGCCCUUAUUCUCAGGUGACUCUCCAUUCCACGCACCAUCCCCAUUUGACAUUUGGGUGCAACUCGACCCUGGUCGCGGUCACGUGAAAUCACCCAUCCACCACCAAUAUCUUGAUUAUCUCCAACCUUCACCUUAAAGGCCACCAACAUGUCGAAACUCGUCAGGUUCUCGCGUUCCAUCUCGAUCACCGCCAACGCCCCGUUCAAGCCGCCAUUCGUGCCUUUGGUCUCGGAAAACGGCGUUCCUCAGGCCAUUGGAAACACGCCUCUUCUUCGUCUUCCCAGAAUCUCCCAGUCAGUGGGAAGAAAUAUCUAUGCCAAAGCCGAGUUUAUGAACCCAGGAGGCUCCAUCAAGGACCGUGCUGCCUUGUUCAUUGUCAACGAUGCUGAGAAAAAAGGGUUGAUCCAGCCAGGUGGAACCAUUGUGGAAGGAACCGCAGGAAACACUGGUAUUGGACUUGCCCAUGUGUGCCGUGCCAAAGGAUACAAGUUGGUGAUCUACAUGCCUAACACACAGGCUCAGAGCAAGAUCGAUACCUUGCGGUUGUUGGGAGCAGAAGUCCAUCCUGUUCCGGCAGUUGCGUUUACCGAUCCGCAGAACUACAACCACCAGGCCAAAAGACACGCAGAAAGCCUUGAAAACGCGGUCUGGACCAACCAGUUCGACAAUACAGCCAACCGUCAGGCGCACAUUGAGACCACAGGCCCUGAAAUCUGGGCCCAGCUCGACGGGAACGUCGAUGCCUUCACUUGUUCCACCGGAACUGGAGGCACUUUUGCAGGUAUCACCCGCUACUUGAAAAGCAUUUCCAACAACAAGGUUAAGGCCGUGUUGGCGGAUCCUCCAGGAAGUGUGUUGUACUCGUACAUCAAGUCCAACGGACAAACUAUGGAGCGUGGAGGCUCCUCGUUCACUGAGGGCAUUGGCCAGGGCAGAGUCACCGACAACUUGCAGCCAGACGUGGAGCUCAUUGACGAUGCAGUCAAGAUCCCAGACGAGGAGUCGAUAGCCAUGGUUUACCGCCUCUUGGACGAGGAGGGGCUCUAUUUGGGGGGCACAGGUGCUCUCAAUGUCGUUGCAGCCAUCAAGGUGGCCCAGGAUCUUCCUGAGGGAAGUAACGUGGUCACUAUCUUAGCAGACUCUGCUCACAAGUACAGCGACAGGGUGUUUUCCAAGAAAUGGUUGCAAUCCAAGGGAUUGUUGGACGCCAUUCCUGAGCACUUGAAAAAAUAUGCUAUUUUGGAUUAGUAAAAGUAUGCUAGUAGUCAGGGAACAACCAAC